UUUUCAUACCUAUUGGCUAUUACUAGUAUUACUUGUUAGAAGCGCCACUGCAAAACAAACGAACAUCAAAUUUCCUCUUCGAAUUUAAUACUCUCCUGUAUUUUCAUUGAAAUUAUUAUUAAAAACAUGGCACAAGCUGAAGUUGAGAUGUCUGAAUUGGAAGAAUUACAAACAAAAAAAUUAUGGCAUCAAUUGACUUUAAAACUUUUGACCUAUGUUAAGGAUACAAAUAUUCAAAAAAAAGUUGAUUUGUUGAAUUUCUACAAUAAAUUUAUUCAACCAAUAGAGAGCAAAAUGAAUUCUUUUGCUUUGGUUGAAAUUGUUUCGUAUGUAAUUCCAUUCAUCAAGGAACCAAAGGAAGCCGUUAUAUUUUUAGAAACUCUGGAACCCAAAGUUAAAGACAAAGUUGAAGCUUUAAUUUUUGCUAAGGUUCUAAAAGGUGAAAUACUUUUAGAUAAAUUGAAAAAUCAACAAGAUUGUUUGGUCGUUAUUACUGAUGUUGAUAAAUUGCUGAGUGAUCUGGAUGAAAUAUCCCCAGUACAUAGCCGGUAUUAUUUGUUAGCCAGUCAUCUAUAUCGUAUUCAAGGAAAACACACUGAAUACUAUCGCACUUGUUUGAAGUAUUUGGGCUCUAUUGACUUGUCUACGAUUAGCCAACCAGAUCAAGUAAGAAACGCAUUUUUAUUGGGACUUGCUGCGUUAUUAAGUGAUGACAUCUAUAAUUUGGGUGAACUGCUGAUGCAUCCCAUUUUAGAUUCAUUAACCAAUACAACAAAUUAUUGGUUAGUAGAACUGUUAAAUGCUUUCAACACUGGAAACAUCACAAAAUUUGCCAAAAUGAAGCCGCAGUGGGCUUCCAUACCUGAUAUAGCAGUCCAAGAACAUAAACUCAGACAAAAAAUUUCCCUACUUUGUUUGAUGGAAAUGACAUUCAAACGUCAAGCUAAAAACAGGUGUUUAUCAUUUCAAGAGAUUGCACUUGAGACACAAUUGUCAUUAGAACAGAUUGAAAUGUUGGUAAUGAAAGCAUUGUCAUUAGGUUUAGUCAGGGGUAAAAUUGAUCAAGUCAGUGAAGGUGUAUACUUGGAAUGGGUUCAACCAAGGGUGAUGAACAAAACGCCAAUAUCGGGUAUGAUUGGUAGACUGGACACAUGGUGUUCAGAAGUCAAGAAUAUGCAGUACAGGAUGCAAGAUGAAGCCCAAGAUUUUUUGAAAGUUUAAACAUUAUAUAGUAUAUUAUUAUUACGGUCUGUUUAUAAAAUAUUCUUUUCAAUUACAACAUACCUAACACUAAAAUGUAUUAAAUGUAUUUUAUAAGAUUAAUUGUUGUAAAACGUWCAAUAAAAUUGAGUGUGUAACAUAUUAA